AUGGAUACUCCCAGUGAUUCUAUCCAUAGUAAGAGACACGGCUUCUUCGGACACUGGAAGACUGUCUUCAAAGGGCGAAAAAGAGACAAAGAUACACCUCUUGUUGCCCUGAAAUCAAGCACAUCAGUCGUCACCGCAAACCCGGACGCAAAAGGCGGCCCUUCCAAUUCUAAAUAUGACAAUUCCCAACCCAGCGGCCAUAAUACGAAGAGCUUUUGGCAGAUGGCGUAUGACGAGUUAACAGAGAGCGACCCGAACCUUUUCCCGCUUACCGGGACAAAGUCAGGGGAUGCUGGCAAUGCACGAACGAGAGAGAUACUGGAUGAGGUAGUUGAGGCAACAAAGGCGCAGUACAAGAAAAAACAGGGAAAGGAUGGCAUUCGGGCCACAGCCGAUAAAAUAUUAAACUCAGUGCUGUCUUUCCAAGAUGUUCUCGAUAACAUUGUGAAAUUUGAUCCGACUGGGUACGCUUCCAGUGCUUGGGCGAUAGUUUCCCUUGGAUUAACGAUGGCUAAAAAUCAUGCAGACCUCCAAGGGGCUCUGUUCGACUCGUCGGGAUACCUGGCGGAUUUGCUGACUCGUUGUGCCUUCAUGGAAGAACAGUUCUAUGGGGAUAGAGAUGAUGUCAUAGUGAAUAUCGAAAAAGAACGAUCAAUUGUCCGUGUGUAUGUGGCAAUUUUGCGAUACUCUGCCGAAGUAUGGAAAGUACAACAAUCCAACAAGGGAAAAGAAAUUGUGCAGAGUAUAACAACUAUAACAGGCCAGCCACUUACGCAGUUCAAGGCCUUGAUCAAGGAAGAGGAGUCCCACCUGCAUCAGUGGCUGGUCCUGGACCAGCAUGUGCGCCGCCAAAAGGAAGCAGAGGCUAUUCUGAAUCACCUCGAUCAAUUGACCGUGGAUAUCCAAAAUCUGCGCGAUGCAGUUGAUAUGUUAAAUCUUCCUUUUGCCAAAGGCGCAUUUUUUGGCUCCUUCGAGGACCAGCAUGAGGAUGAAUGCCUUAUUGGAACACGAACCGAGUUGCUUCGACAGGUGCAGGACUGGGGUAGGUCCGGUGACAGAUGUAUAUUCUGGUUGAGCGGAAUGGCCGGUACUGGCAAGUCUACUAUUGCAAGGACGGUAGGCUGA